AUGAAGGCAGUGAUUUUGCUACUCCACAUAAUCCUGAUCGCAAUGGGAAGAAGUAUGAAGACAUCAGACUUGAAGAAGAGGGGUUAUGAAAUGAGUCCCAGAGUACAUAAAACGCAUGCACAAAUUGAACAUAAAAAGAGGAAACUUGUAUACACAAAUAUAAACUUUCACAAUAUUGAUAAAACUGUGAAGAAGGAAAUUAUAAAAAAGAAGAAUUUGAACGAGAAUGAUACGAUAAGAGAGAAAUUAAGAAAAUUAAAAGAUCUGAAAAAUGCUAUAAGCAAAUAUGCAUUAAAAAUUGAUAAAGAAGAUAUUGAGAAUUUUAAACAAAGAACAAAAGAGUUAGUAAAAACAAAAUACAAUUUUGCGAAGAAAUAUUAUGUACAAGUUUACAACAAAUUAAAAGAUGAUUCAUCUGUAUAUGUUGAGAAAUUAAAAAAUGGAUAUAAUGUUUGUUAUUAUUAUAUAGGGGAUAUGUACAUAAAUAGUCCCCUUUAUGAAUAUAUAAAUACCUUUCCCAUUUUAAACAAAUCAAAUUAUUUGUCUAAAAUGAUUAGUUACAAUUCUGUUAAUAUACUAUUCUUACUGUUUACAUUUUUAUAUUUUAAGAGUGAUUUUAUUUACAAUUUUUUUCAAAAAAAAUACGCAUUCAUAGGAGAAUUUAAAAAUAUUAAAACGGAUCGACUUGUCAAGAUACACACCUUGUCAACUCUGAUUUUUUUCUUUUACAAAUUUUUUGUUCUCAGAUUAUUUUUCGUUUUCAAUUCCUACAACUUAUUUUCUAGAAAGUUGUAUUUAUUGAAUAAUUUUGUACAUGUACUUUUUUUUUUCUACUUGUCUAUCCAUCCAUAUUUCCUCGUCCAAGCCAACUGGGGAAGUUUCCAUUUGCUAGGAUCUCGUAGAAGAAAAAUUCUCGGAGCUAUGGUCCUCGCGCACCUUUUCCUCAUCUAUACAAGACUCAUGUGUCAAAACAAUUUGAGCUUUGUUAAGAAGUGGACAGACGAACAUUUUUUCAGCAAGGACGAAAUAAUAAAGACGCUGAAGGAAGAUAAGAAGACCGAUUUUUACGUCAGUUUGCUUAAUCAAUAUAGCCUUUUAAAGAAACUUUAUUUAGGAAACAAUAAAAUAUAUGAACUUGUUCUUCACCUUCAUCGGUACAAAUACCUUUUGGAUAUAAUUUCUCCAAUAAAUUCUUUAUUUUAUAUAUAUAUUGCACAUUCCAUUUAUUUUUAUUUGAAUAGCCUUUCGUUUGCUGGCAUUUAUACUUCCUCAUUUUCUUUGGGACUUUACAUGCUUAGCAUUUUAUCAAACAAAAUUGACAUGUACUUCUUGACUCGUAUUUAG